AUGGGCCCAGAAGUCAUCUCCUGGGCCCCUCCAACUGACUCGAUGCCAGUGAUCCGAGACAAUUACGAUGGCUUCACUCAGUCGUUAUCUCCAGUCUCCACUGCCACUGUCACCAAUCCUUGGGAGUAUGUCUUCGACCACUUACCGUCCCACCUCUUACCCCGUCUCGUUGCUCCCUUGCCCUGGGGAGAAGGCCUCACCGACGAGACCUAUCUCGACUGGAUUCUCAGCAAGGCUGGCAGACUAUUCCUGAUCUUAGUGGAUAUUGGUAUUCCCGAGCGAGUAUUCUCGUUGGUCGACGAAUCGUUCGACGAUGUGGAUCUACCUAUUGCAGCUCACAGCGUUGAUCGCCUGAAGCUCUCAGCAGAUGGCGAUGAUCCAACCCUGGAUGCCAAGUUCUUCCACGCUCAAUGGCGCUUUCUCGUUCGCGGCCUCAAACAAGGAGACCAUAUCAAGUAUACUGAGAAUGAAGGUGUUCCGGUCGAAAUCCUACCCAGCGAGACUGCUCUUGCUCGAGAGGGAGUGGAGAAAAUCGUCCUGGCCGGUGCUGCGUGCAGGGUUUACCUGCGAACUCACGUCACCAUCGGAGGCGCGCCGCAUUUCUUUGAAGAGGAGGAGGUUCUCGAGGAGAUUCGCUCGCUCCGAAGAUUUUCUCACGAUCAUGUUUUUUCAAUCUACGCUUCCUACUUUGUUGAUGAUAUGAUGUACAUUCUUUUCUCUGGUAUAUACGAUCGUACGCUCAUGUCCUUCCUCAAUGAGGUGCCUCACUCCUUCAAACGACUACCAAAAGAUCACCGCCGCCGGAUCUUGAUUGACUGGCCGCAUUGUCUAGCUGAUGGUCUAUCAUGGUUGCAUGCCCACAGCCAGGUCCAUGGAGCCAUACGUCCCUCCAACAUUCUCAUUGACUCGGAAUACCGAAUCUUCCUUGGCCAAUUCGAGGCACUCGAUACUUUAUUACCUCCAGUCAAGAUAGAUGAUGUGGAAUCUUAUCAGUACGGGGCUCCGGAGCGCUGGGUGCGUUCUGCUAUUGUGCAUGAUAAUGCUCCAGCCCGAACAGCCCUUCCCUCUGGAGGCCGCACCGGUCGAAGACAACCGACCCACGGUGGAAAACUGGGCCUGUUCGCAUCCAGGACCCCCAGAAACGAGGAUUCAAUAGACCACAGCGCGGAAAGUAUACGAGCUGAAUCUGUCGCCUCUCACGGCACCGUGAUCCGCAUUGGGGGCCGAUCUGAUUCUCCAAGCCGUUUCUCUUUUGGAUUCUCGUCGUCUUCAUCUGGCUCCAGCGGCGGAAGUACACGCAAGCGCGCUGUCACGUCAGUCAGACGACCAAUUCUAUAUACUCCUUCCAUAACCUCGUCCAAUUCGUCCGGCUCGUCAGACCACUCCGCCGCUAUGACCCUCCACCCGGUACGCCUGCCGGGCACCCACUCCAACGCCGCAGUGGUUCAGACUUGGCAAUCGCGCCAGACCAACCCCGAAGCGUCAGACAUCUUCUCCCUGGGCGCGGUGACCCUCGACAUCCUCACGCACCUCUGCAAGCGUAAGAUCUCUGCGUUUGCACACCACCGAGGCGCAAAGAACAGGACCCCCGGGCGUGGUGGCGGCGUUGCCGACUGCUCCUUCCACCUUGACCGGAAUAUCGGACAGGUCAGUUCGUGGAUUGCCUUGCUGGACAGCGAUGCGCGAAAACGGUCGGAUCCCGUCUUCCGCGCCAUCGAGCCCAUGCUGACCGUAGUGAGGUGUAUGCUGCACAAAGAACCCGGCAAUCGGCCCUCAGCCGCACGGGUCGAGAGCCGCUUCGUCGAAGCAAUCCGCCAAAUCGGGGACGCGGUGACACCGCACUGCACAUCCAAGCUCCACUUCCGCGCGCCUGCAUUAUCCAAUACCGCCUUGCCCCGUGCAUCCCCCAAUACUCCCGUCUUGACUCAGCCCAUGGCCCCCAUUACACCGUGCUCUUCGCCACCAGAGACGGGCUGCGCCGGAUAUACUGACUGGAUAGACACCUACGCAGCGAGCAGCGACUCGGACCGAAAAGGCAACGCAUAUACCGCGCCCUCAUCUUCACACCGAAAUCCCUGGUGGACGCCUGACGGGCGUACAGGCCCAGCUGCCGCCGAGGAAUCUUUCCAAGGAUACGGGAUCGCCAUAUCAGAUGGAUGA